CGAUCAAUCAUUAUCUUUAAUUACUAAAAGAUAUUUAAUGAAAUUCUUAAAAUUUGUUUUAACUGAUAAUAAUGAUCCAAUUAAAAAACAAACUUUGAUUGAUCAUUCAAAUACUCCUAUUGAAACAUUUUUAAGUUCGAAUUUUAAUUUGGAACCUCCUCAAAUUAAUGAAUUGGUUUAUUCAAUUGGUUUAACUACUAAAUCUUCGACUAAAACUCCUGAAGCAAUUUCAAAAAUUAAAAGAUUUUUAAUUUCUUUUGAUGUUUAUGGUAACUUCCCAGUUAUGGUUCUGAAAUAUGGUGGUCCCGGUGAAAUUUCUCAAGGUUUUUGUCGUAGUGCUGCAGUGGCUGGUACCACUUAUAAAUUAAAUACUUCAUUAGUUGAUUUUGAUCCUCAACUGAAAGUUGCCCAAUUUAAUGAUGGUAGCCAUAUUAAAAUUAAUGAAAAAAUUAUUGUCGCUCCAACUCAAGUUCCUAAAUUUUUACAAUCUAAUUAUAAUGAAGUUUCUGAAAAUUUGAAAACUUAUAAUAUUACAAGAUUAAUCACUGUGGUUAGAAAAGAUUGUAAAGAGUGGAUGUCUGAAAAUGAAUCUUCUGCAAUUGUCGUUUUUCCUCCAAAAUCUUUACCUUCAAAUAAUUCUCAAGUGGUUCAGGUUAUUAUUCAAAAUGGUGGUACUGGUAUUUGUCCCGAUGGUCAAUCUAUUUGGUACAGUCAAACUGCUGAACAAGACCCAAGUCAAUCAAAAUCCGAUUUAGAAUGUGCUUUUGAGAAAAUGGAAUCUUCCAUCUUAAGAGAAUCCUCGAAUGACUUAGAUGAUGUUUUAACUAACGAGGACUUUGUGGUAAAUCCUCAAGGCACUCCGAUCUUAGUCAAUUCUUUUAAAUUAGGUGAAUCUUUACAAAAUUUUGUUCCAAAAGAAAAAUUAGAAAUUGUGGUUAAAGUUGGUUUUGUUCAAACUACUUUUAUAAAACCUGACUUAUCAAAUGUUUUAAUCCCUGAUGAUUCAAAUAAUAUCUCCAAGAAAGUCGUUCCUGAUUCAGAAGAUAUAAUUUUUGCUAAUAUGCCUUCUUCUGAAAUUAGUUACGAUGGUAUUGUCAGUGAAGCAAAAUUAUUAUAUCAAAGAAUUACCGGUACUGAUGAGGAUUUCUUCGAUGUGGAUUUCGAAGAUGAAGAUGAAGAAAACUCUAAUACAAUUAGUUCAACUAGUAAUGGUGCCAAUGGCGCUAGUGCUGUUAGAGCCUCAAACCCUGGUGAUACUGAUAAUGAAAUGGCCAUUGAUGAUAGCGAUGAUGAUUCAGCCGCUAGUCACCAUCAUGAGCCAUUCGGUGCCGCUGAAAUGGAGUUGUAAGUGCCUUUAAUUUUAUUAUGUUUCGGAUGUUUCCCCAAUGAUAUGGUAUUUAUAGAAUUCGAUUGAUGAAUUGAAUUACAACUUCAUUAAUCCUUUAUGUCUCUUUUUCCCCUUUUUUUUCAAAUUUUGGUUUUACCUGACUCUACUCUACCGGGUUUUAAUUUAUUAUAUGCUCUUUUAUCAGACAUCUAAUCCAUCAAUUGCUUAUCAGUUUGCUUUAUCUCUUUGUUUAAUUCUCUCUAGUUUGCUUUUAUUAUCUUUUUUAUCUUAUCUUAUUUUAUGAAGAUAUUUCUGUUGAUCACCAAUAUAUUCUAAUUCACCUUUUUCAUUUCAGUCCUUUACCAGUUCCUUAUUCCGUUUCUUUUUCUUACGAGUGAGACUUAAUGUCAAUGCCUAUAUAUAUUAAUC